AGUAUAGAAAGCUAUAUAAGGGAGUAAAAAUAGGCAUAAAAAAUCUUACCAAGAAGACAUAUGUAUACAUAUACAUGCCUUUAGCUUACGUCGUGGCUCUAGAGAGUUGCCAUCGGCAUGGUACUUAUACUCAUAACAUCGCGAAUAGAAGGUGACAAGCCACUUCUCCAACGUGCCUUUGAAAAGCCUCUAGCACCUCUUUGGGGAUGGAAUACGCGUGACCAGAUUGAUUUCAUGCUCCAACAACUCGGAUCCACGGUUGACCAAUCUACGAAACAAAAAGGAUAUCCGUUUGAAAGAGAAUUUUGAUCACCAGUGUCCCUCUUUUUACAGCACAUCAUUAUGAUCUGCUUUUGUUUUCAUUUACGAUUUUGUUGUUCAUACCGUGCAAUCCUUAUCAUAUGUCUGAAGCGCUUCUGAACUCUUUUAGGCUGGCACUUAUCGCGUUGAGAUGUUUACUGUCCCAUCAGGGGGUCUUUGUCACCGUUUGUGUGAUGUUUUGACAUCAAUUGAGCUGCUUUUCUCGUAAACGGUUCCACAAGUAUUAGUCAUUCCUGCUUUAUGCUUUGUGGUAUCCGGGUGAGACGCUCUCCUUUACUUUUGAUUAAAAGUGCCUUCAAGAGUUCCUCUAGUGUGGAGCAGGCGAUGAAUACGAUUUUGGUUGCUACGUUGAUUUCAAAUGUGCGAUGCGAAAAGUGCAAUAUUGAAGCUUAAAUCAUUCCUUAUUCUAUCACAAUAAAACCCCUUUCCUUAUGGUGUAUUGUUUUCAAAGAUCGCAUCCUCCAGUAUUUUCCAUUUAUUCUUAAAGGUGUUGAAUUGAUGUGUUUUAAAAUAAGCAAACAUCCCUCUAGUGAAACUAUAGUUGCAUUAUAAUACAUCAAAAUACUAUCCAUUUUAUUCUUAUUAUAUAUAUAUAUAUAUAUAUAUAUAUAUAUUGGAGCGCAUUUAAUCUGAACUUGCACCUUUUUUAAAUCCAGGUUUUAAGAUACCGAGUUCUAUGGUGUCUUGUAUAUCUUUGGCACUCACAAAUAGCUUUGUGAGGAUAAAAAACAUGAGCAAAUAACGAAUAGUAUUACUUAUUUAUCGAGAGUUCUCUUUGGACUUCUCUGACUGUGCUGUGCCUUUGCACCUAUUGUUCUCCUUGAAUCUCAUUGUCUACUGAAGAGCUUUAACGUUAAUCCUAUUCAAGGAAGUAACGCAGACUGUUUGAGUUUUUAAGCCCACUAAACUUUACCAUUUGAAUUUAUCCUUAUGAGCGUACUAGCAGCUCGUCUGUUUGUAGAGAAGCUCAGAUCGCAUAACCUUGAGGAGUCGAUCAAGGCUGAUGUGGAACAGAUUAGCACUUUAGAACGACGGGUCACCAGCCUAAAAGGUAGUUUAGAAAAAGAAAAAAAGCUGGUAGAAAAUCUCACCAAGCUUCAGGAGGAGUUGGAGAGUGUGAAGUCGGACCUCGAGAAGGAGUAUAAUCAAGCACAGCUAGAGGACAAGUUAGCGCGUGAAGAUAUCUCAGCCGAGCUCCAGGCUCACAUUGUACGCGUUACGGAGGUGGAAAGUGAGAUCGGACAGCAGCUGGCGGCGGAAAUGGAAAGGGGGAGUAGCCUAGCUCAGAAGAAGGAGCUGUUUGAAAGCCGCCUACCGGAUAUCAAGAGCCAGUACGAGAAGAUGAUUUCUUACCUUGGUGAAGAAGUGGAUAAAAUACAGAUGAAGCAAAAUGACGCUCCUUCGUAUAUUCAACAGGUUAAAACAGAGUUGGAGGAGCAGAGCGCCCAACUUGAGAAGGUGCGACAAGAGCACCAAGAGGUAAAGCAACAAGUAGACGUCUACAACCAGCGCUUCGUCGAUAUCAAAGAGAAUCUUGAUAAGACAAAAGAAAUCUAUGAAAAGGCUACCGCAGACAAGGAACGUCGGGUUCGUCAGAUGCGCACCUUGGAGAACGAUCGGGCGGCCGCAAUCGCGCGGGCUAUGCGUGUGCAAAAAGAACGGACCGCAGAGGCUGAACGAGUUGCAGUCCUCGACGCCAAGGCCGAGACGCUUCGUAAGCAGAUCCAAAAAUUUCAGGAGAUGACUUGCAUGUUUGAGAAAUCAAUCACUGGUUGUGCAUCGAAUGCAGCAGGAUCGGAAGCUAUUUAA